ACUCUUCUUGGAAGCAAGGACAACCAAACCAUGUGCAGUACUGCAAGCACAGGGGACAGCGAGGGUUUAAAGGAGAAUAUACAUUGUGGAAACAGGAUGAGGCUGACCAGUGAGAAGUUGCCCAAGGACUCCCUUUAUGCCUCUCUAUCCAAGUGUGCUGCCAGGAACUCAAAAUUCCAAUGGACAAGGGACAAUAUUGACCAUUACAGCCACGCUGGCUUGGUGGAUGAGGCCCUGCAGCUCCUGAAGGGAAGGAUUACAAGAGGGGACACCCUGGCGUAUUUCCUACGAGGGCAACUGUAUUUUGAAGAGGGAUGGUAUGAAGAAGCAUUAGAACAGUUUGAAGAAAUCAAGGAGCAUGAUCAUCAAGCAGCGUACCAGCUGGCAGUGAUGUACUAUGAUGGGCUGGGGACAACCGCAAACGCUGAAAAAGGAGUGGAAUACAUGAAGAAAAUAGUCGAUUCUCCGUGUCCCAGAGCAAGACACUUACAGUUUGCAGCUGCGUACAACCUCGGAAGAGCCUAUUACGAGGGGAAAGGCGUUACUCGGUCCGACGAGGAAGCUGAGAGGCUGUGGCUCUUUGCUGCAGACAACGGGAACCCAAAAGCCAGUGUGAAGGCUCAGAGCAUCCUGGGAUUGUAUUAUUCCACGAAGGAGCCCAAAGAGCUAGAAAAGGCAUUUUUUUGGCAUUCAGAAGCCUGCGGCAAUGGAAAUCUGGAGUCCCAGGGUGCACUGGGGCUCAUGUACUUCUACGGACACGGCAUCCACCAGAACACAGACGCGGCCCUGCACUGCCUGCAGGAAGCAGCGGGGCGGGGAAACGUCUACGCUCAAGGGAACCUCGUGGAGUAUUACUACAACAUGAAGUUCUUUACAAAGUGUGUCGCAUUUUCCAAAAGGAUUGCCGAUUAUGACGAGGUGCACGACAUCGCCACGAUCGCCCAGGUCACGGACUGCCUCCCGGAGUUCAUCAGCAGAGGCAUGGCCAUGGCCGCCUUCUACCACGCGCGCUGCCUGCAGCUCGGCCUGGGGAUCACGAAGGACGAAGCAGCAGCCAAACACUAUUACUCUAAGGCUUGUUGUCUGAACCCUGCACUGGCAGAUGAGCUUCACUCUCUACUUAUUCAUCAGAGGAUUUAGACCACAGAGCAUCUCCACAAGGUCGCACCUCCACAAGGUCAUCAUCCUAACACCUUGAAAUGUGUGUAUUUUUGUAACAGCUACGUUUGGUUACUUUCUGCACCUCAAGAUACAUUAUCUUGUUUUUUUUCUGAUGACAUGUUACCUUCGUUCUUGAAUUUGUAUUCUGUAAUUUUGCAACUUGAAACCUAGCUACAGCAUCAGAUUGCUGGACAAGUCCUCAGAAAUCCAGCUCUUAGCCUACAGACUGGCCUAGAGCCCAGCAAACACUGAAAACCAUUCCAUAAAGCAAGUAUCUUUUCUCUUUCUUUAAAUAGUGUCCCAAAAGACUUAGUGCAGCCUUAGUUUUAAUAACAUCAGAAGUAUAAUUGCUACAACUUAUAAAAACUUUAGAUAUGAUUCUGAAUAAAUUUGUCAUUUUAACUUGUUAUUUAAAGUUUUAAACUUAAAAUUCACCAAAAUAAAUAAAUAAAUAAAUAAAU